AUGCGAUGCGCGAGCAAGGCCGCCGAGAGCGCGUCUGCACGUCUCUGUGCGGACGCCGAAGCAGAAACAACAGAAACUGAUGUCUCAUCGGUUGCUGAAACGACCCAGCCUGUGUCACUUGGUGACGCAGGCGCUGGUCAUGAAGACACUCGUGUCUUCACAGAGUACGAGCUCGGUGUCUCGUACUCUCCUGAUACGGAAGACGGAUCCGUAUCGACGGCGAUUGAAUCUAAGCCGCCUGCCAAGCGUGGCAUGGAUGAUGCAAUGCGUCGUAGCAUCUUUGGUUCAUCUGAUGAAUCAGAUGAACCAUCCUAA